AUGGUAAUCAUUGCGGAAUCGGCUGCGGAAUCGGCUGCGGAAUCGGCUGCGGAAUCGGCUGCGGAAUCGGCUGCGGAAUCGGCUGCGGAAUCGGCUGCGGAAUCGGCUGCGGAAUCGGCUGCGGAAUCGGCUGCGGAAUCGGCUGUGGAAUCGGCUGUGGAAUCGGCUGCGGAAUUGGCUGCUGAAUUGGCUGUGGAAUUGGCUGCAGCAUCGGCUGCGGCAUCGGCUGCGGCAUCGGCUGCGGCAUCGGCUGUGGAAUCGGCUGCGGAAUCGGCUGUGGAGUCGGCUGCGGAGUCGGCUGCGGAAUCGGCUGUGGAAUCUCCUGCGGAAUUGGCUGCGGAAUCGGCUGUGGAAUCGGCUGUGGAAUUGGCUGUGGAGUCGGUUGUGGAAUCGGCUGUGGAAUCGCCUGCGGAAUUGGCUGCGGAAUCGGCUGUGGAAUCGGCUGCGGAAACGGCUAAGAAUCUCUUAUAUAAAGUUAAAAAAAUCACUCCUAUAGCCUAG